AUGGGUCUAUGGAUCUUAGAGACCAAGACGCUAGAGCAUGUCCCUGGAACUUCGAAGUACUUCGACAACCCUGACAGACCCCAAAUUGCGGAUGGCUCAGCUGCCGCGGGCUUGAAGUGUGACACUUCCGGCCCAGUUAGUAUCAUCUUGGUUCCUCAGCCUUCGGAUGAUCCCAAUGAUCCACUUAAUUGGCCCUUGUGGAAGCGCGAUACCAUCCUCUUCAUCCUUGCUCUCGUCUCGAUAUUCGCGACCAGCUGUAGCUCGAUUCUCUCCACUAAUACUAUAACCCUAUCGUUAGACUUCGGGCUCCCUUUUACAAAGAUUGCGGCUCUUACGGGGUACUUACUUCUCGGAACGGGCGUUGUAGUUGCAUUUUGUGUCCCUUCUGCUAGAAUAUGGGGAAAGCGCCAUCUGUUCUUGUUAGGAACUGUGAUUAUAGUCUUUUCUACUGCAUGGGCAGGUGCUACAGCACAAGGGCAUAAUUAUGGAUCGCUGGUUGGGGCCAGGUUUUUCCAGGGAAUAGGAUGUGCUCCGUUUGAGAUACUCGUCAACGCUGCGGUUGGAGAUCUAUACUUCGUUCAUGAGCGUGGCAAGCGUAUGGCACUGGCCAACCUCGCUGUCUUUGGAGGUGCAUUCUUCACCCCUAUCGUUGUUGGGAAGAUCACCCACACCUUAGGAUGGGAAUGGUCAUUCUAUUUCGUUUCUAUCUUCACUGGUUUCUGCCUACCUCUCAUCUUCUUCUACGUUCCCGAAACCGCCUUCCGUCGUGCCGAGUACCUCAAUACAGAUUUAGCGUCUGCGGAUCCUACCCGCUUGCAUUCAAGUGAGGAAACUUCUGUAGAGAAGAACAGCGUUCGUUGCGAGAUCAAUGGUCCAGAACUUCAUUUCACUGGUGCCGAUACAAAAGUCAAAAGUUUCAGAGAAAAGCUAAUGCCUUUCAAUGGCAGAGUUUCAGACGAGAGCUUCUGGAAACUUGUCUUCAAACCCUUCCCUCUGUUCGCCCACCCAGCCGUAUUCUGGGCCUGCCUGACUCAAAGUACCAUGAUAGGCUGGACGGUCUUCAUUGGCAUAAUAAUCGCUGCUAUUUUCCUCGGGCCACCUCUCCUCUGGGACGAGGUCAAAACAGGAUAUGCCUACGCGGGAGCGUUCAUUGGUGCCAUCCUGGGCUUCCUCUUCGCUGGAGUGUUUGCGGACUGGAGUGCCAAGUACCUAACUCGGAAGAAUAACGGUGUUUACGAACCCGAAUUUAGAAUCAUAUUGGUAAUCCCACAGCUUAUCUUUGGAUGCACUGGAUUGUACCUCUUUGCAGUCACUGCGGCAAAUCUCAUGGACUAUCCCUGGAUUUUACCGAUCUUUGCAUUCGGGUUGCAGGUUGCUGGAAUGAUCAUGGGUACUGUGGGUGCCUCAUUAUACAUUGUCGAUGCCCACCGCGACAUCACAAUUGAAGCCUUCACAUGCACUAUCAUGUUUAAAAACUUUUUCGCCUUCGGAAUCACCUCGUCAGGCUACGACUGGCUUGUUAAAGCGGGCACAUUCAAGGUAUUCAUGUGGGUCGCCAGCGUUCAGGUCCUCAUCUGUUUGCUUAGCAUCCCCAUGUAUUUGCUCGGGAAACGUAGCCGGAGCUUCUUCCAUCGACAUGAUAUCCUGAAGAUGUGCAAGUUGAGAUGA